GACCUUUUUAAGAAUGGGGGGAGGAUGAUCCCUAUCAUAUCACAAAGCCCCUCACUUAUAAAAAGAUCAGAGGCUCAUGUCAGCGCUCCGUGUCCUUCCUGUACUGACAUCCAGGAUUGCCCAGUCCUCUUCUCAACUGAAAUCAUCAGAGGGAUUCACAUACCUGCUUCAUCACUAAGCAGUCUCCUGUAAACCGCAACCAUGAGUUCGGAUGCGGAGAUGGCGGUUUUUGGGGUGGCGGCUCACUUCCUCAGGAAAAAUGAGAAGGAGAGGAUUGAGGCCCAGAACAAACCGUUUGAUGCAAAGACGUCUGUGUUUGUGGUGGAUACCAAGGAAUCCUAUGUGAAGGGCACACUAACCAGUAAGGAAGGGGGCAAAGCCACCGUAAAAACAGAGAAAGGGGAGUCUGUAACAGUGAAGGAUGACCAAAUUUUCCCCAUGAACCCCCCUAAAUAUGAUAAAAUUGAAGACAUGGCGAUGAUGACUCACCUGAACGAGCCGGCCGUCCUGUAUAACCUCAAAGAGCGUUACGCAGCCUGGAUGAUCUACACAUAUUCCGGUCUGUUUUGUGUCACCGUGAACCCCUACAAGUGGCUGCCUGUUUACAACCCUGAAGUUGUCGAUGCUUACCGAGGCAAAAAGCGUCAGGAGGCCCCACCACACAUCUUCUCCAUCUCUGAUAACGCCUAUCAGUUCAUGUUGACUGAUCGCGAAAACCAGUCCAUCCUGAUCACUGGAGAAUCCGGUGCCGGCAAGACCGUGAACACGAAACGUGUCAUCCAGUACUUCGCAACAAUUGCAGCUGUUGGUGACAAAAAGAAAGAUGAGACUACAAAGCAAAAGGUCUAUCUCUUAUCUAUCUAUCUAUCUAUCUAUCUAUCUAUUAUCUAUCUAUCUCAUAUCUAUCUAUC